CAAAGGAGAUGCCAAAAAUAGCACCUCCUCUUGUUCAGCACCCAAAGUCGAAGGAUAGCUCUGGCCUUUCAAUGGAAGAAAGUGCUAGAUUUGUCAGUGUUGUAUAACAUUAUAACCAACUCUCAAGUUCCAUAUUUUUUGGGGGGCGAUCGCGGUUUUUCUUCACCUGUUGUGAGAGACAAGAGCUGGCGUCCAACAUGCGUAAAAAUCAACGCUGUCCAAGCAGGGAACCGCCGAGAAACGAAUUACCGCCGCUCAACUGAGGCCAAUCUCGAUUUAUCUUUUUUUCCCCCCCUGAAAUAAGGAAACAUUAACUCAGCUAGCUGACUAACAUCACUUCUGCGGGUAGCUUGGUUAACGACAUAUCUUCAACUUGUAGCGAAGCCAGAUUGCCGGGAUUGGAACUUCACUCGCACAGCGCAGGAGAAAAGUUGUAGGCAGCGAUGGGUGCAUUCCUGGACAAGCCGAAGACGGAGAAGCACAGCGCCCACGGCGACGGAAACGGGCUACGCUACGGUCUGAGCUCCAUGCAGGGCUGGCGAGUGGAAAUGGAGGAUGCCCACACGGCGGUGGUGGGCCUUCCCCAUGGACUCACCGACUGGUCUUUUUUCGCCGUUUACGACGGCCACGCCGGCUCGCGGGUCGCCAACUACUGCUCCGGACACCUGCUGGAGCACAUCCUGUCAGGAGGCACCGAGUUCGGAUCGGGGCCGGGCUCCGUGGAGGGCGUGAAGGACGGGAUCCGCUCGGGCUUUCUGAACAUUGACGAAUACAUGCGCAACUUCUCCGACCUGCGGCAGGGCCUGGACCGCAGCGGGUCGACAGCCGUGUGCGUGCUGCUCAGCUCCACUCACCUCUACUUCAUUAACUGCGGCGACUCGCGGGCCGUGCUGUGUCGAGACGGGAAGGUGGGCUUCUCCACUCAGGACCACAAGCCCUGCAACCCCCGAGAAAAGGAGCGCAUCCAGAAUGCUGGCGGCUCGGUCAUGAUCCAGAGGGUAAACGGCUCCCUGGCAGUGUCACGAGCUCUCGGGGACUAUGACUACAAAUGUGUGGAUGGUAAGGGCCCCACGGAGCAGCUGGUGAGCCCGGAGCCGGAGGUUUGCGUGUUGGAGCGGGCGUCCGAAGGAGACGAAUUUGUGGUUCUGGCAUGCGAUGGAAUCUGGGACGUCAUGUCCAACGAAGAGCUGUGUGAUUUUGUACGAUCACGACUAUUGGUUUGUGAAGAUCUGGAGAAGAUCUGUAACUCGGUGGUGGACACCUGUCUUCAUAAGGGAAGCAGAGACAACAUGAGCGUGGUGUUGGUGUGUUUGCCCGGAGCGCCUAAGAUCUCAGAGGAGGCCAUGAAAAAAGAAGAAGAAUUGGAUAAAUAUCUAGAAACGCGUGUCGAGGAGCUGCUGGGAAACUGUGGGGAGGAUGGAGUCCCCGACCUGGUGUCGGUCCUAAGGAAUAUCGCCUCAGAAAACAUCCCUAACCUUCCACCUGGUGGAGGCCUGGCCAGCAAACGCAGUGUUAUCGAGGCGGUGUACAACAAACUGAACCCUCACAGAGAAGAGGAAGGGGGGGGAGGAGAGGAGGAGGAGAAUGAGGAGGAGAGUGAGGAGGGAGGUGGCAGCACAGCAGCUCAUCUGAUGGAGGCUCUGCGGCAGUUCCGUCUCCACCACCGGGGGCAGUAUCGCACAGUGCUGGAAGAGUCUCUGGCCGCCUACCAUCUGCGAGGGGAGGGCACUGUCGAGGGAGCCGGGGAGAUCAGGAGGACCUCUGAUGACGGCGACGAAGAGGAGCAGACCGACUCCCCGCGCUCGCCCCCGCCCUCGCCCGCCGCUGUGGAGGCGGAGGCCGGCCAAGAUGCCCCAAAGCCUGAUAUCUCCUCUGACUGAGCGCGCAGCCAAUCAUCCACCCUCCUCCAGGGAUGACCUCACUCCUCUUUCCCCAGCCACAGACCUUGACUAGGCAGAUUGGCCGUUAUUUUGUUAAUUUUCUCGUUAAUUAUAAAAUCUUAUGAUCAUAUUCAAAUAAAAGUAGCCUUUCUGUGUAUUCAAAUUCUGUUUCCAACUCUCCACCGUUUAAAGAAGAGUCUAUUUCCUUGUUUUUGUAGAUACCAGUCAACCAUCAUAUGUUGGUUAUUGCAGAAAUCAAAGUGAAACUUCCCCGUGUUUUCUUUGAACUUACAUUCUUCCUCCCUCCUCCUCUUCCUCUGCACUCCUUCUCUUUCCCUCACUCCAUGAUUGACUCAGAACACACAGUUUAUCUCUUUGCACAGCAGAAAAUUAAACUAUUAUAUGAACGAGGGAGUAAAUGUAGUUCAGAGCGUCAGAACAAAAGCUUUAGAUGGAAAAACGUGAAAACCGAUUUGUUUGCAGAUGCGUUUAAUCUGUUCGCAGAUCUUAUCUGCCCUCAUUGACCUUUGACCUCUCUUAAUCCAAACUACAAGGGGUGUGGGGUGUAAAUGCAGAUACCUGGUUAGAAGAAAAAAAAAUUAACAAAACAAUUUUAUUUGCAAGUUACAACACAUAAAAUGCCUUCCACGUUUAUUAGCACCGCUUGGUAAAACUGUGUUUAAAAGAUUUAAAGUUUUUAGAAGGAAGUUUUUAAUAAAGCCCUUAGUUUUCUACUACAUUUCAUUAGAUUGAAGCCUUUAGAAAGAUGGAAGUUUGCCUGUUCAUUUUAGCACAACAAUCAUCCAGAAACUUUGGUCUUCUGUUAUAUUCUCUCAUCAGCUCAUCCCAACGGUUUUCUCCAAGAUUUGGGAGAAAAAGGCUGAUUUUGGAUCGAUAUUCUGAUUAAAACAACCAAAUGAACGACACAGUUUCACUUUACGAGGAAUGAAAUCCACUAGAUUGUUAUUUAGAAGGAAAAACAGACCCGCAGUAUCACAGAUCCCCCACUUUACUUAACAAUCAGCAUGAGUUAAUUUUCUACGACAGAGUAUCAGGGCCACAUUAAGAAAAUAUUCACAAAAGAUUGCAAGAAGAAAAUUGCAUUUCUUCUUGAUUUUCUUCUACUUUACAAGAAGAAAACCUUAUUGUCUUCUUGUAUGAGAAUGAAGUCGUAGUAUUACAAGAAUGAAGUGAUAUUAUUACCAAAAUUAAAAUCGCGAUAUUACGAGAAGUCCAACGCGAAAAAGCAGUGUUACAACCGCUGUCUCAGUUCUCUUAAUAUAACAACUUUAUUCUUCUAAUACUACAACUUUAUUCUCGUAUGAGUUUUUUCCUCAUAAUAUCACUUUACUCUUGUAAUUUUAUUAUGAUUUUUUUAUUUUCUUAGCAUGACUCUGCUACUCGGUUGUACUUUUCCUAUUUGACCUGCCUGAGGUUACUUCUCAUCCCAUUUGGUGGUUGUCAUGGCAACUCCAAGAUGCCAUUCUUGAGAUUGUAUACUUUUUUUAAAUUUUAAUUUCCCUCAUCAUCCGUCCCUUGCUGUGUGGCUUAGCAGGCAGCUAUUAAAAGAAAAUAGAAUGUGUCACGUCAUAUUUAUUUCCUAGUGAAACAAAAAAGCUUUCGAGAAGUUCCUAGAAACUGUUCAACUUAAAGAUGGACGAAAUAGAAGAAUGCUUCAAUUUUUAGAGAUUUUACCAAUGAGUGUUAAUUAAAAAGAAACAUCAUAGCAUGAAUAGAGAUUUCUCAGUGUGAGAUUUGCUGCUGUGAUGAAGUCUUGAGGGUUUUUAAACAUCUUUACCGAGGCGGGUUAAUAAAUAUGGCUGCUAACAUGAAACAUGCUGUUGUGCAAAUCUUUGCCAGGAAAUGUCUAUAAUCUCUGCUGAUGUUGACAUGUAAAGAUAAAAUUUAUGUGAAAGAUAGCUUUAGAUAAUUACAAGCAUGCAGUAACUCCUAACUCUUUACACAUGAGGCAUAUUUCUCUCCAGGCCUUUCACUUCUGUAACUCUUCAGCACUGGACGCUUUGUCUUAAAUGUUUACUCUUCUUUAGAUGCAGCUAGUCGGGGAGUAUUGUUUGUCCGGUAAUGCACCCACUGCAAUUAUCCGCUCAAAAGCACUUAGCAAUCGGAAACAAGAUUUAUGCUAAAACUGUCUGUAUGUGUGUUUAUGAAUCAGUUGUUUGUAUGUGGGACCUAAUGAGUCCUGCAAGAAUGACAGAAUUAUCAAAUAAAAAGAUUCAAAAUGCA